AUGACCUCCCAACACCCACUAUCUGGGCUACGCGUCCUUGAACUCGCCGGUCUGGCACCAGGUCCUUUUUGUGGUCUCCUGCUUGCCAAUUGGGGAGCCAACGUCCUCCGCGUCGACCGCCCCGGCACUCAACCUACUGCCGACCUUCUUACCUCCCACAAGUCUUCCAUUGCGCUCGACCUGAAGAACCCUCAGUCUCUCGCCAUCCUUCUUUCCCUGAUCCCCAACACCGAUGUCCUCAUCGAUCCCUUCCGCCCCGGCGUCCUCGAAAAACUCGGCCUUGACCCGCAGACUGUCUUACUCAAGAAGAACCCGAAGUUGAUCGUCGUGCGACUGACAGGCUUUCGAAGAGAUGGAAAAUACUCCAAGAUGGCCGGCCACGAUAUUAACUACCUCGCCGUCUCCGGUGUACUCUCCAUGCUCGGUGCGCGCAAGCAACCGCCUCUCCAUCCAGGCAAUAUUCUCGCAGAUUUUGCUGGCGGUGGCCAUGCUGCAUUCACAGGCGUCCUUCUAGCCCUGAUUCAUCGCUCGUCCAGUGGUAAAGGGCAGGUUGUCCAAGCCAACAUGGUUGAUGGUGUCAGCUACCUGGGCAUGUUCCCGCGGCUUCUGACCAAGAUGCCCAUGUGGAGUGAAGAGCGAGGAACGAAUACGCUCGACGGCGGAGCACCUUAUUACGGUUGCUACGAGUGUAAAGACGACGGGAAGUACAUGUCAGUGGGAGCAUUAGAGCCGCAAUUUUACGCGGUACUGCUCAAGGGCCUCGGCCUGAAGCCAGACGAAGUUGUGCCAGGCGGGCUGGACCGAGAGGAUAAACGCGCCUGGCCGUACAUGCGCGAGGUGUUCCGGGAGAGGUUCCGGUCAAAGACACGGAAAGAGUGGGAGACAAUCUUUGACGGGACGGAUGCAUGCUGCGCGCCGGUGCUGGAACAUCAGGAAAUGGAAAGUGCUGGUUAUGAUCACCGGCCUCUCGUGGGCUUGACAAAGUCGCCGGCCAGAGAGGUUGAGUCGCCUUGGCAGGGUAUAGCAUUGAGACCUGGUGAAGGCGGCGAAGCGGCUUUGAAGGAAUGGGCAGGCUGGAGCAAGGGACGGGAUUACGAUGUUAGCUCUCAGGGAGCUUUUAUAAAGAAAGAGAAGAGCAAACUGUAG